GGUUAGAAAUAAUUAGUUAAAUGAGUUUUAACGGGUAAAUGGAUUUUAUAUGCCCACUCCAAACCCACCCAAACUCGCCCAUUUGACACCCCUAGUUUAAAUCAGUGUUCUCACUUUAAUAUACAACUAAAACACCUUUUUGAUCUAUGCUGACAUUAUUUUCAAUAUGGUCCUUAAGUUUUCUCAACUUUUAUUUUAGUUCCUAUGCUUUUAAACUUUUUGUUAUUUUGCACCCUAUCAUUGUUUUACUUACUAAAACUAAGAGAGGAAAUUGGGCAUUUAGCAGCACUGGUAACUUCAUGGAUAACGAAUCGACAGACAUUUAUAUUUUGGGAAAUUCCUCCAAACUCACUAUGGCUAAUCCUGAACUAUACAUGACUGCACGCCUUUCUCCUCUCUCUCUUACUUGUUAUGCUUUUUGUUUGGGAACUGGACCUUACAAAAUAAAACUCCUUUUUGCGGUGAGAAAGUUCACCAAUGAUAAUACAUCUAGCAGCUUGGGAAGGCAUGUAUUUGAUAUUUAUAUUCAGGGAGAGCUAGUGGCGAAGGAUUUCAAUAUUGCAGAUGAAGCUGGAGGAGUUGGCAAGAAAGUCACAAAACAUUAUUUUGCAGUUGUGAAUAAUAACACCUUAGAGAUCCGUUUUUAUUGGGCUGGGAAGGGUACAACUGGCAUCCCUGAAAGAGGAGUCUAUGGUCCUCUUAUCUCGGCAAUUUCUGUUCUUCCUGACUUUAAACCCCCAUCAGAAAAUGGCAGCAGUGUAUCAGUAAGAGAAGUAGUUGGAAUAGUGGCUGUAGGAGCAUUCGUUCUAUUUCUGGUUCUGGGUAUCCUCUGGUGGAAAGGCUGUAUAGGACAGAAGAGCAGAAUGAGACAAGGAAUUGACUGCAUAUGGGUGUUUUAG